GAGGAAUUGGUUUAAUUUUGUACAACACAUGGUAUAUGGUUCGUCUAUGAUUUUUCAAAUAUUCUGCUACACUUGGUUUGGAGAAAAGUUUACCAGAAAGAGUCAAGAAAUCACUCAGGCUUGUUAUAUGUCAAGAUGGAAUGAAUGUGAUAUUAAAAUUCAAAAAAUACUACUUAAUAUCAUGACACGAUCCAUAAAACCUUUAUAUUUGACUUCUUAUAUAUUCGAUUUGACGUUACAAACAUUUAUUAAGGUUUUGAAGUCCUCGUAUUCUUAUAUGGCUUUACUGAAUACCAUAUAUAGUCAAUAGAUUCAUGAUUUAUGUGGUAGUUUACACAGUCUACA